CAAGCGAGCCAGGAGCCACGGAGAGAUACGAGGAUGGCCCUCUGCUUGCUCACCGCCUUGGCCGUGGCGUUCCUGUCUGCCUUCCAUCCCUUGGACGCUUCCACAGCUCACUAUGACAAGAUCUUGUCCCACAGCCGGAUCAGGGCACGCACUCAGGGGCCAAACGUCUGUGCUCUCCAGCAAGUUAUGGGGACCAGCAAGAAAUACUUCAGUACCUGCAGGAACUGGUACCAGGGAACCAUCUGCGGGAAGAAAGCAACUGUCUUGUAUGAAUGCUGCCCAGGCUACAUGAAGAUGGACGGUGAGCGUGGAUGCCCUGCAGUUGCUCCCAUUGAUCACGUCUAUGGCACUUUGGGGAUUGUGGGAGCGACGUCCACUCAACAGUACUCAGACAUGUCAAAACUGCGAGAGGAGAUUGAAGGGCCCGGCUCAUUCACAUUCUUUGCACCCAGUAAUGAAGCCUGGGACCUCCUGGAUCGGGAAAUCCACAGUGGUCUGAUUGAAAAUGUAAAUAUUGAACUGUACAACGCCCUCCAUAACCACAUGGUGAACAAGCGCUUGUUGACAAAGGACCUACGCAAUGGCAUGACUGUGGUGUCCAUGUAUAAUGACCAAACUCUGCAUAUUAAUCACUAUCCCAACGGCGUUGUGACUGUGAACUGUGCCAGAAUCAUCCACGGCAACCAAAUUGCCACAAAUGGCGUUGUUCACGUUAUUGACCGUGUGCUGACCCCUGUUGGAAAUACCAUUCAAGAUGUCAUUGAGGCAGAAGACGACCUCUCAUCUCUCCGAGCUGCAGCCAUUGCAUCAGGAGUGAUGGAUACUCUUGGGAAGCCUGGCCACUACACACUCUUUGCUCCCACCAACGAAGCUUUUGCUAAACUUCCCCGUGGCGUGCUGUCAAGGAUCAUGGGGGACAGUGUGGCUGCUGAAGCCCUUAUGAAGUUCCAUGUUUUGAACACUCUUCAGUGUUCUGAAGCGAUCAUGGGUGGGGCUGUCUUUGAGACUCUGGAAGGGAACACCAUUGAAAUUGGCUGCGAUGGAGAAAGCCUAACCAUAAACGGAGUGAAAAUGGUCAUCCGAAAAGACAUCGUAACAACCAAUGGUGUCAUUCACCCCUACAGACGAGACGCAUGGACCCUUGACUCUGCAAAGCAGGUGAUAGAGCUGGCAGGUCCACAGCAGGCCACUUUCAAAGACUUGGUUGCUCAGCUGGGCUUGGCUUCAUCUCUCAAGGCAGACGCACAAUAUACUCUGCUCGCUCCAGUGAAUGGGGCCUUUUCUGAGGACACUUUAACCAUGGACCAGCGAAUCCUCAAAUUGAUCCUGCAGAACCACAUUUUGAAAGUGAAAGUUGGACUGAAUGAACUCUACAAUGGACAGUUCUUGGAGACACUGGGAGGAAAGAAGCUGAGAGUGUUUGUGUAUCGCACCGCUGUAUGUAUCGAAAAUUCAUGCAUGAUCCGAGGAAGCAAAGAGGGAAGGAACGGAUUCAUUCAUGUUUUCAGGGAGCUCAUCCAGCCAUCAGAAAAAACUCUUUAUGAAGUGUUGCGAACUGAUAAACGAUUCAGCACCUUCCUGAGUCUAGUGGAUGCUGCGGACUUGGAAUUGCUUCUGUCCCAGGAAGGAGCCUGGACUCUGUUUGUCCCAACCAACGAAGCUUUCAAAGGCUUGACUGAAAAAGAGAAACAGACUCUGAUCAGUGACACAAAAGCACUCAAGAACAUUUUGCUGUAUCACUUGAUUCGGGGUGUUUACAUUGGAAACGGUUUUGAACCGGGUGUGACCAACAUUCUCAAAAGUAUCCAAGGAGGCAAGCUGUACUUGAAAGUGGUAAAUGACAGUCUUCUAGUGAAUGAACUGAAAUCCAAAGAAUCUGAUCUCCUGGCAACCAAUGGAGUUAUUCACAUUAUAGACAAGCUCCUGUAUCCUGCAGAUUUGCCUGUUGGAAGCAAUGAACUCCUAUCCAUUCUGAAAAAACUGAUAAAAUACAUUCAGAUCAAGUUUGUCAGUGGUUACAGCUAUGAAGAAAUUCCAUGGACAUUUUACAUGCCAACCAUUACAAAGAUCACCAAAGUGAUUGAAGGGGAACCAGAAUUCAAAGUGGUCAGGGAAGGCGAGACAGUAACUAAAGUGAUUCAUGGAGAGCCUAUAAUUAAAAAAUACACGAAAAUAAUUGACGGCCGUCCUGUGGAAGUGACUGAAAAGCAAGUGACUGAAGAAAGAAUUAUUGAAGGCCCUGAAGUGAGAUUCACUCGAAUCACUUCAACUGGAGGAGGAGCACACUCCGAGGAAACCAUCAAGAGACUGCUGGAAGAAGAGGUUACCAAGGUGACCAAACUAAUUGAAGGUGAUGGUCAUUUACUGGAAGACGAAGAUCUCAAAAGACUUCUUCAGGGAGCUGGAUCUGAGUACACCAAGGUUACUAAAGUAACUGAGGGAGAACCAAAGAUUAUCGAAACAGAAAUAAAGAAAAUUCAUCUGGAAGAAACACCUUUAAGAAGAGUGCAAACAUCCAGAAGGACACAAGGCCCACCAAGGAGAAGAACAAGACUGGUCCGCCCUGCUGUAAAAAAGCAGAAUCUACCUAAAGAGAACUGAAACAGUUGCGGCAUCGAGGAGAAUGUCGAUAAUCCGAAAAGUCCCAAGAGAAAACAUGGUUAUGCAUAAACUGAAUGACUGGAUCUCAUAAAACACAGCUAACGUUUCCAAUUGGGCACAGCAUCUAUUACACUUUGAAGGCAGAUGGGAGGACAUGUGGUAUUAAGCACCUCUUCCAGACAAUAUGCCCAUCGGGCCCCUAUGAGCAAGGGUUAACUCAGAAGGUAUCCAUUUCCCACGAAUCAGACGCAUUAAAUUUCAACCUGCCUGGGAAUGAUAAACAUUUUCAGUGUCAAAAACCAGUGUAAGCUAUUUUAACCAAGCACUUUUCAUUCAGCAAAACCAUAAAAUUUCAGGGCAAGUUUUAAAUGUCAUGGUGAAAUUGACAACCUUACUUUAAAAAAUAAUAAUAAACUUUAUUCAAUGGCACAGCAUCUUCCUUUUCCUCAUUGCAUUAAAAGAAAUGCUUUCAGCUCAACUUGGUUGAAUCAUUGGCCUCCUUAGUCUCCAAAAAAAGGACAAAAUGCAUAGGCCCAGGAAUGCUGCUACCUUAGCUGAAUUUGGUCACAGGUCCCACCUGCAAAGAGACUUGGAUCUCUGACCACAGUAAUAGGCAGACUGAUGCUCAGAAGGGGAUUCUCUUGCCGACAUAUGAUUGAUCCUUACUGUUCUACAUCCAUUCAAGCAGUAUAGAGGAAAAAGCAUUGUUUAGAUUCAGAGUGCUCCUGUGUUCAGCAGUGUGCACCUGCGCAAGGCUGUUUGAGACUCUCAUUCUUUCACAUACACCCUUUGCAUGCACCAAAAAGGCAACCUGUGCACACACAGGUUUUUACACAUGGAUUGCCUUUGCAGGAUCAGGUCAGUUUGCUUAGGAGUAAGGCUUCUCCCUAUACAUUUGAUAGUGGCCAAAUGCAUUUCAAGUGUUGCUUUUCCUUAGGAAGUCUGACAAGUGGAGCUUCGACCAGAUGGAGUAACUCCAUCAGUUGAUCUUGGAUUCAAAAUGAUCAAAAGUGCUGAACACAGUUACAUCCUUCUAAAUCCCAGUUAGAUUUGAGUCCAGUGGCAUCUUAGAGAUGAACAAGAUUUUGGGGUGUGCUCUUUCACAUGUUAAACCUUCCUUCAUCAGAUGUGUGACAAACCUUACAACCUGAAAAUCUUUGUUGGUUUCUAAGGUGCUGCUGGGACUCAAAUCCAUCUGUUCUACUACAGACCAACACAGCAAUCUUCUGAAACUAUCUUCUAAAUUCCAAAAAACUCAGCUUAAAAGGGUGUAGUUCAAUUUAAGAUUGUAUUACAGUCAGUGGGACUAAAUCCAUUUGUUCAAGAUCAGUGUGUUUAGUUUGCAGAUUUGAUUUGAUAGUCUAUUCUGAAAACUUGCACAAGGAAAACUUGCACAAAUUUUAUCUAUGAACCAUUGGAUUAACCAACCUCGAGGAAUCAAAAACAAAAAAACCACUGAAUUAUAAUAACCAUAUCCAGAAUUAAAUUAUAAGGUUUUAUAAAAUGUUAACCUUUAAACGAGUAUUUGAAUAACUGAAUUCUAAAACAGGACAGAUGAAUGAAGAACCUGCAAAAAGCAAUUCUUCUUUGGGAACAAAUAUAUAAAUUAGGGCUCAGUUUGAAAGCUUUUGUAUCAAAAAUGCUUUGCUAAUGUUCCACAUUAAUGUGGACUCUUUUUAAAUUAUCAUUUUUAUACUUUGCUUCUUUUGCCAUAUUUUUUCCUGUCUGUUAUGUGAGGGGAAUUACAAAAUUUCAUCAAGAUGUCUUAAAUCUAAUGUUUUGUUUAAAAGAGUUAGCACAUGAUAUAUCUAUUUGAAACAAAUAUUCAUAAAAGAAAUUGGCUACAACAUGAUGCCUCUUAUUUUGUAGUGAAUGUUUCAUGAAAGAAAACAAGUUGUACAAAUCUUCCAGACUGAUGGGCCAAGGAGUAUUGUUUGGAACAAUUAUACAUGCCUGUGGUGUUCCAGUUAAGAUUCCUGGUACUUUAGGAUGCUUCCAAAGUUUAUCAAGUAUUCUUCAAUGAGAAGUUAAAUAAAGGCAGACAAACUUUUCACAAGUA